AUCACUUCCGGGCUCUGACAGAAAACAUGGCGGGCGCCGGCAGAAUGACCACGGAUGGAGGAGACAUGAUGCGAUACGCUGAAUAUUCUCCAAAAACAAACAUGAGGAGUGACGCAGAGAUAGACGGACGGCUUGGAGGGACUCUGAUUGCUGUUGGUCUUGGUGUGGCUGCUGCAGCUUUUGCAGGUCGCUAUGCUUUUCAGCUGUGGAAGCCUCUUGGACAGGUUUUCUCAGAAACUGUCAAAAAUAUGCCCACAUCAGCUUUCUCUUCAUAUUACAAAGGAGGUUUUGAGCAGAAGAUGUCCAGACGAGAGGCCAGCCUUAUUCUUGGGAUCAGCCCAACCAGCACAAAGGCCAAAGUACGUGAGGCCCAUCGUAGGAUCAUGGUCCUCAACCAUCCAGAUAAAGGUGGAUCACCAUAUCUCGCUGCUAAGAUCAACGAGGCCAAAGACCUUUUCGAUAAGGAGACCCGGCGGUGACCUGCACUGUUAAGGACUCACUUUAAAGAUUUCCAUCAUCUCUGCAGCUCUGCUCCAUCGGCAUCGACAUGAACAUCACACCAACGAAUUCACUCAUGCUCCUGGAAGACGACGAAAAGAGAGGACGCUGUCAUGAUGGUUUCCCUCUUCAGCUUACCAUGAAUUCUAUUCUGUAACAUGAUAUCACUUAAUAUUGCACUUCAGGUGUUAAAACUGAAGGUGUGGGUGGUAGUGGGCUAGAAAUGGAACAGUGCGACCGCUGAGUUCAUUACUUCCUGUGUGAAGCAUUUUGGAAUGAGUGUAAACGAGUGUUACAUAAUCUAUUUAUGUGGUAAGUGGUAAAAUUAAAUUAUUUUGUAAACAUAUGCAGUUACUGGGUGUUUGUGUGGGCGAGUCAACUGAACCCAGUGUAGCCUGACAUGUUAACUAAUAAUCAGAAAAUCUAUUUAUUUCAAAUAGAAGUGCUUAUAGGACCUUUUAAGGAAAAAUCAUAGUUUUUGAUUUCAUGUUUUAUACAACAGGCAUUUAUGUAUAUUAUUUAUGUAUAUUAGAGAGAGCGGCCAACUCAAAUCAUGGGCUCUAUGUUACAUACAUCAGAGGGAAGAUUCUACAGCGUAACCCUAAGAGGCGGAUGUGCUAUGUUGAAAUAAAUGUUUUAUUUUCACCAUUAAAGGACCUAUAAAUGUUACUGCCAAUGUCAGUCAAAAUGCAAAAGUAACUCGCAUAAAUAUCCCAGCAUGAAUAAGAUCAUACUGCAGCAGAGAGGAAACUGUUUAUAUAUCCAUCUACAGAUGCCCAGCGAGCUCAAAUCAUUCAGGGUAACAGGUGAUGCUCUGUUGGGUCUCCACAACAGUCAUCUUCCGUUUGUCAUUCUUGCUCUUGCUCCUCACAGUUUAAUUUGUCAAAAUAAAGGAGACUAACUCCAGA